AUGGGGUUCUGGGAGGUCUUCUACUUCCCCAAGAUCCCCAAGACUCCCCAAGACUCCCCAAGACUCCCCAAGAUCCCCAAGACUCCCCAAGACUCCCCAAGACUCCCCAAGACUCCCCAAGACUCCCCAAGACUCCCCAAGACUCCCCAAGACUCCCCAAGACUCCCCAAGACUCCCCGAGAUCCCCAAGACUCUCCAAGACUCCCCAAGAUCCCCAAGACUCCCCAAGAUCCCCAAGACUCCCCAAGACUCCCCAAGACUCCCCAAGAUCCCCAAGACUCCCCAAGACUCCCCAAGAUCCCCAAGACUCCCCAAGAUCCCCAAGACUCCCCAAGACUUCCCAAGAUCCUCAAGACUUCCCCAAGAUCCUCAAGACUUCCCAAGAUCCUCAAGACUCCCCAAGAUCCUCAAGAUUCCCCAAGACUCCCCAAGAUCCGAAGGCUCCCCAAGAUCCCCAAGACUUCCCAAGAUCCUCAAGACUUCCCCAAGAUCCUCAAGGCUCCCCAAGAUCCCCAAGACUCCCCAAGACCCCCAAGAAUAGGAUCACAAAAACACACUACCCUUUUCCUAUGCACCACGUAG